GGCUUUGUAUUUUACCCAUCACGAACGCUCGACGCGUUGCGGCUCUCGGACUCCCAUUGUUCCCAACUAGGGAAGGUCAUAAAGCAUCCUCUAUACACCUGCGAGCAUGGCUCAAACACCCACCGCAUCCUCAUCGCUGCAGACCGAGUCGUCACUCAACCACCCGCCACCCGAGGACGACGGCAAGGCGAAGAAGAAGCCAGCGAAGCGGAGGAAGGUCAACCAUGCGUGUCUGUACUGCAGGCGCAGCCAUAUGACAUGCGACGAGGGCCGACCCUGCCAGCGCUGCAUCAAGCGAGAGAUCGGGCACUUGUGCCAUGACGAGCAGCGUCCGAAGCAGCCAGAGAAGCCGUCGUACUCGGCUCCUGCAGCAGAGCAGCGUCCGCAGGUUCAAGCACCUCCAGCGCACAUCUACCCCGCCACUGGAGCCCCUGCCCCACCAGCGCCGGCUUGGCCGCUGAACGUGCCGCAGGGCCCCUUCCUCUACCAGCCCGACACCCUAGGAAAUGAGUUCUCCGUCCUCACCGACUUUCUCGAGACCCUUGAUGACGGCACCUUCUUCACCCCACCCGCCACCAUCACCCCCUCCCUCGUCUCCUCCGCUGCGCCUCCACCGCCCGUGCCCACCACGCAACAGCCACCACCAGCCCCUGUUGCUCUCUCUGCAACUACAACCGCCCCGAGCGCCACCGCCCCCAGCGAGAGUUCUCCCUCCGCCUCGACACCCGCCACCGCGUCCGACGAGCCGAAGAUCAAGGAGGAGCCUGCCCCCGUCAUCCUCCCUGCCGCGACGAAGACCGAGCGCUUCCUCCUGACGGCGGCCGAUCAGGAGUCGGGGUCUCGUGACGAGCGGCUGAAUAGGGUGAUUCGCAGCAAGUACGAAGCGGGUUUGCUCAAGCCGUACAAUUAUGUGAAAGGGUACGCGCGGUUGUCGAGGUGGAUGGAUCGCAAUGUAUCGCAAGCGUCGAAGCAGCAGAUCUUGCAACCUCUGUCCGUCUUGAGACCGAAGUUCCGCGCCGUUGCGCAAUCAUUACGCGACAUCGACCUCGUCUUCAUCGAAGAAGCCUUCGAGCGCAUGCUCCUCGACUACGACCGUGUAUUCUCCGCCAUGGGCGUCCCGGCGUGCUUGUGGCGCCGCACCGGUGAAAUAUACAAGGGCAACCGCGAAUUCACCGAGCUCGUCGGCGUGGAUGGGUACAUGAUGCGGGAGGGUCGCCUCUGCAUAUACGAGCUCAUGGCGGAGGAGAGUGCCGUGAACUACUGGGAGAAAUACGGUCAUGUCGCGUUCGAUUCGAGCCAGAAGGCCGUGCUUACUUCCUGCGUGCUUCGGUAUAAACCGAACCUGAAUAGCGCGACAGCGAAGGACGGUAAUCCUGUAUCUAACGAGGAGGGCUUCGUCAAUUGUUGCUUCUCCUUCACCAUCCGGCGCGACAAGUGGGGAAUCCCCAGCAUGAUCGUCGGUAAUUUCAUCAAGUGCUGAAUAUUGAACGAUAUAAGUAGAGUAUCUAUGUAACCCUUCCGCCCCGUAUACUACUAUCGAGGGCUUGUACACUAAUAGAGAAUCUGUUUCGGAAUCGUCGAAGCAGCAGGGCGAAGCAUGGGCAAGCAACUGCAAGUCAGUAGUAAGUAUACCUCACGACACCAUCACAUCCUCUUCCCCAACGCAACAUGCUCCCUGAACAUCAUCUCCCAGUCCGGGUCGUACUCCCUAUACUCCGCCGGCGGGUCCUCGAAAAUCGCCGGAAUCAACCUCGUAAUAUGGUACCCCUCCAGCGUCGCAAUCAUCAGCGCACUACCCGG